AUGCCUGAAAAUGGUGAAAGGCAUCUUGCUCAGGAGCUUAGGGGUGUCGGGUUAUCAGCUUAUGACAUGCCGGAAUGGAAGAAGGAUGCUUUCGGGAAAACUCCGACUUUUGGACAGAGAUCAAAGCUCUCUAUGCAGGAGCAAAGGGAGAGCCUUCCUAUAUACAAGCUGAAAAAGGAGUUGAUACAGGCUGUGCAUGAUAACCAAGUUCUGGUGGUCAUUGGUGAGACUGGGUCUGGUAAGACGACACAGAUGACUCAGUAUCUUGCCGAAUCAGGUUACACCACAAAAGGAAAGAUUGGGUGUACUCAGCCUCGUAGGGUCGCCGCGAUGUCUGUUGCCAAGAGAGUAGCUGAGGAGUUUGGUUGUCGUUUGGGAGAGGAGGUAGGGUAUGCGAUUCGGUUUGAGGAUUGUACUGGACCAGAACGGUGA